UCCCCGGACCGCGCAGAGGUGGCCGUGAGCGUCGAGGGCAGGGAACUUAUUCUGGUGCUGGAGAAAAACCACCGGCUGCUGUCUCCGGGUUACUCUGAGACACAUUACGCACAGGACGGGCAGCCAGUGACCGUGACCCCCGACCACACCGAACACUGUUAUUACCACGGCCACGUCCAAGGGCACAAAGGAUCCUGGUUGGUGCUGAGCACCUGCUCCGGAAUCAGCGGCCUGAUCGCCCUCGGCCAGAACGACAGCUAUUACCUGAAAGCCCCAGGGGACUCAGGAUCCGAGCACCACAUCAUCUACAGGGCAGAACAUUUGCCGUCCAGGGGCGGGACCUGCGGGCACGGCGAGCUGCUCCCAAGCAACGUAGCGGAUCUGGCGAGAGCCUUCGAUAUGCCAACAGCACUCCGGCGGAAAAGGCGAGACGCCUGGAGGACGAUGAAAUACAUGGAGCUCUUCAUUGUGGCGGACUUCACCCUGUUCCUGUCUCAAAAGCAAAAUUUGGGGCGCACAAAGCAACGGAUCCUGGAGAUCGCUAAUUUUGUGGACAAGUUUUACAGGUCCCUGAAUAUCAAAGUGGCCCUGAUCGGUCUCGAGGUGUGGACGGAGCGGGACCAGUGCCGAGUGACCAGUGACGCUAACACCACCCUUUGGUCCUUUCUGCAGUGGAAGAAGUCUCUGAAGUCGCGGAAGAAGCACGACAACGCCCAGUUGCUGACUGGCGUGACCUUCAGGGGAACCACGAUCGGCAUGGCCCCGCUGGAGGGAAUGUGUAGUGCAGAGAACUCUGGUGGCGUGAGCAUGGACCACUCAGAUCUGCCACUCGGGGCUGCAGCCACCAUGGCCCACGAAAUCGGCCACAACUUUGGUAUGAGCCACGACACUGAAGGCUGCUGCGUGGAGGCCACAGCGUCCGAGGGAGGGUGUGUCAUGGCUGCCGCAACGGGGCACCCCUUUGCCAAAGUGUUCAGCUCCUGCAGCCGGCGGCAGCUGGAGAGCUACUUCCUGAAGGGCGGCGGCAUCUGCUUGUUCAACAUGCCCGACACCAACGACUUGGUGGUGGGCAAGAAAUGCGGCAACGGAUUCCUGGAAGACGGGGAGGAGUGCGACUGUGGGGAGAUGGAGGAGUGCACGAACCCCUGUUGCAACCCACGGAACUGCACGCUGAAAGCAGGAGCCGAGUGCGCCCACGGGGAAUGUUGCCGCAGCUGCAAGCUCAAGGCAGCCGGGAGCAUGUGCCGAGAACCAGCCGGGUCCUGCGACCUCCCGGAAUACUGCACGGGCGCUUCGCCCUACUGUCCUGCCAACGUCUACCUGCUGGACGGCUCCUUGUGUUCCUCCGGGGACGCCUUCUGCACCAACGGCAUGUGCAUGACCCACCACCAGCAGUGCAUCCAUCUCUGGGGUCCAGGUGCCUGGCCAGCACCCGAUGCAUGCUUCCAGGAUGUGAACACAGCAGGGGACAUGUACGGGAACUGUGGCAAGGACAGCCACGGCAAUUAUGUGAAGUGCGCCAGGAGAGAUGCCAAGUGCGGCAAGAUCCAGUGCCAGAGCCCCGCGAAGAAGCCCAAGGGGACCAACACCGUCUCCAUGGACACCACCAUCCGGUUCAACGGGCGGGAGGUGAAGUGCCGGGGCACGUUGGUCUACGCGACGAAGGACGACGAGGGCGACAUGUCGGACCCGGGGCUGGUGAUGACGGGGACCAAGUGUGGAGAUGGCAUGGUGUGCAAAGACCAGCGCUGUGUGAAUGCUUCCUUCUUUGAAGUGGAGAAGUGCCUCUCCCAGUGCUAUGGACAUGGGGUCUGCAACAGCAACCGGCACUGCCACUGCGACGCGGGCUGGGCUCCUCCGUUCUGCAACAAGCCGGGCCUGGGGGGCAGCGUGGACAGUGGGCCCGUGCAGUACGACAAUCAUGAAGCCGUCGUGCUCGCUCUGCUCCUGGUCUUCGGCCUGAUCUUGCCGGCGUUCACUUUCGGACUGUAUCUCUGCCACAGACGGGAGAACUCCCUUCUCAACAAGUGGAUCAAAGGCUUGAGGAAGAGCCACGAGACCUACAAGNAUGCAGGCGUCCGUCGGAGGACCACUGUGGGGCACUCCAACUCGGCCUUCACGUUGCAAGACGUCUCUUCCUCCUCCUCCUCCUCCUCGUCCAGGAAAGCUGUGGACAGCCGUUCCCGCCAACCAACGAGGAGCAUCUUCCCGCCCAAGCCGAACCCUCUCCAAAGCGCCUCUCAGCCCGUCAACGUCGUCCAUCCCCUCUGCCCCGCGCCCGGCCCAGCGGCUCCUCCUCAGAAAGACCUCAAGCCCUGCAGGCCGCCUCCUCUGCCCGUCGACAAAUCCACCACGGCUGUUCCCGCCAAAACGCACUUCGGCGCUCAGGCCAAGCUGCCCCCGCCCAAGAAGCCUCUUCCCAGCAGUCCGGUCAGGACCCCUCUGGUCAAUCCGAGCCAAAGGCCGCCUCGCAGGCCUCUGCCAGGGAACCCCCUUUUGGCGAAGGAGCGGCCGUCGGCUCCGGGUCAGGCCUUGCUGGUCAUGGUGCCGCCCACCAACUUUAAGCCGGCUGGUAUCGGUUCCACGAGUCCUGCCUCCAAACCGCUCAAAUCGGCGCCACCACAGAGGCCUGUUCCCGGUUUGAAAGUCCAAUUGGCUUCCCGCCACUUUCAGAAAUGACAUCGGUGGAGACGAGGAUCCCAGCUGAUGCUUGGUGGACUUCCUCAUCUUCCUCAUUUGCACUACUGCGGUCAACGCAGGGAUUUUUUGCUACCAAAGACAGUACUUUUUAUAAUAGGGGACUGGUUUUGCCAAUAACGAAGAAGGGGGACUGGGGGGAGAGUUGGCCCAAGGAAUCGGUACCGAGAUGCCAUCAAGGGCUGCAGGGGUGGGGCCUUUAACCAGCCACCGAGGCAGAACGUUCAUUGCGCCUGUCCCGUGGAUCGCUUCCCGUGGCUUCCGCCGUCUAGACCCCCUACGACUGCCGGUUUAUGGAGAGCAUAGUUCUGACCAUGCAAGCGGCUUGAGAAGUGGUGGACUGCGAUUAGCUACCUCCUUGUUUUGCACAACCUCGUGGGAUAAUCCCUCCUCUUCCUCUUCUACCGGAGCUCAAGGGUUGGAUGGUGUCCAUGAACUGGUUUGUCAUGGAGUCACAUGGGUCUUGAGACUGUUUUCCAAAGGGUGCAGUGUCCUCUAGUGGCGACGUCUGUUACUGCUCCGGUGGACAAGUGAACCUUGUGUACCUCAUCCUGGAAGGCGCAGCCCAGCCUCCUGCACACAAAUACUUACGAACCCUCUUGGACUACCAGUAGGGUUGCCAACUUCCAGGUGGGGCUUGGAGAACUCCCGGAAUCACAACUGAUCCCCAG